AUGGAAUCCACGCGCCUUUCUCAGGGUUUGUUGCAGCCAGUGGCAUCCCGGGUGCUGCCGCGUCUGUGGCAGCAGCACCGGCAGCCAAUGCAACGGACAUUCAAGAAUCAGAUGCCUCAGAUGCUGCUGAGACAGCACGCGGCGCAACAGUAUCAGAAGAUUCUGCGGUAUAAGGGCAGCAGUUCCUGUUGCUGGAUGUUUUCGGGCACACCGCGGCUUUUGACAGGGCGGAACGCUGAGCUCUCUGCAGCUGUUGCGCCGGGCCCCCGAUUUGCUGUUGCAGCUGCUGCUGCAGCUUGCGGAGGUUCGCGUGGGUUGAGCUCCUUCUGCCGCCAUCCAUUUUCCCCAGAAGGCCUGCGCAUAAGCAACAGCGGGUGCAGGAGUGGUAGCAGCAGAAGCAGCAGCAGCAGCUUGAGAGAAGCUCGUUCCGGGCUCUGCUCCCCUUCGCAUGCGGUGGAGCCCGUCGGUGGGGCUCCAGAGGACUUGGCCAGCGAGGCUGUGGAUUUGAAUUCAUUGUGCAGUUCAGUGGUGAAGGUGUACAGUGACUUUACGGACCCCAACUACGCUCUGCCGUGGCAGAUGCAGAGGCAAGGCAGCAGCACGGGAAGCGGCUUCAUCGUCCAUCCUUCAGCGGGGGGGGGCGAACGCAUCAUCCUCACCAAUGCCCACUGUGUGGCCUGGAACAACCGACUGCACAUUAGAAAACAUGGCUCGCCGAUCAAGUUUCCCGCCAGAGUGCUAGCUGUUGCUCACGAGUGCGACUUGGCAGUCCUUACUGUAGACAACGACGAUUUCUGGGCAGACACGCAAGGCCUUCUCUUUGGAGAGAUACCAGCCUUGCAGGAUGGGGUGAUCGUGUUGGGUUAUCCGCGCGGAGGAGAUAAUCUUUGCAUAACUUCAGGGGUCGUCAGCAGAGUGGACGUUAACACCUAUGCCCACUCCAAUACAGCGCUGCUUUGCGUGCAAAUUGACGCGGCAAUUAACCCCGGCAACAGCGGCGGACCCGCUCUGAAAGGCGGCCGCGUGGUGGGCGUUGCGUUUCAAGGCUGCGAGGCCUCGGCGGCGCAAAACGUAGGUUAUAUUGUGCCCUGGAACGUCGUGCGUCAUUUGUUCAUAGACCUCAGCAGACACCGCAGAUACACGGGCUUCCCAGCCGCUGGGGUCCUUUUUCAGCAGCUGGAAAACGAGUGCAUGCAACAGAAGCUCGGCGUCUCGAAGCUCAAGACAGAGGACCUCCCGCAAGGUGUCACUGCCAGUGGGAUCCUUGUCACGGCAACUGACUCGGUUCGGUCUCGCAACUUCCUUGAAAGGGCAAAGAUCGCUGCAGAGAAGCUCGAAAACACAGGAGCACUAGCAGAAUUGGUUGCAAAAGAGGCAACCGCAGCACUGCAAGGAGCUGCCGCACCUGCUGGUUCCCCACCAGGGGCAUCAGCAACAGUGGAAUCCGAAGAGGUUUCUAGAGGGUCACCAGAGGAGACGUCGUGGGGGGAAAGUGGCCCUUGCGAAGAUGGCCCUUUGGCCGACCCGUCGGUUGUUGUGCGCGAGGCUAUAGCGGCAGUGGACGCAGAAGCAGCAGCAGCUGCUGCUGCUGGCAAACCUUUGCCCUCACCAGCAGAACGGAAGGGUUUGCUGCACGGGAUACUCGAGCAGAAGAUCGGCCUGCGACCGGAGGACGUGGUGAUGGCCGUUGACGGUGCUGAUGUGGCUGGAGAUGGUACGGUGCAUUUCAGAGGCAUGGAGCGCGUUAGCGUCUCCCACGUUAUUUCGGAGAAGUUCAUGGGCGAGACGCUUUCCGUAACCGUCCUUAGGAACGAGAAAGUGCAGAAUGUCUUGGAUGAAUUUGGGCCUAAGUUUCAUGAACGAGCCCCAAGCUCGCUCUUGCGGCCUCUAUCGGAUGUGUUCGCCACGGUGGAAGGAGAGGAGCCCAUAGUGCUGGCGCAGAUCUUGGCAUCCGACCUGACCAGCGGCUACAGCCUGCGUAACUGCCUCCUCUCCACCGUAGACGGAGUGAAGGUGACGAACCUUCGCCACUUGGCACAGCUCUUGGGGAUCACACCACGAGAUCAGCAGGACCGGGGUCAGCAAGAGCGGAAUCAGCAGCAACGGCAUCCAAACGAGUUCGUUACGUUUGUCCUGGAAGAGAAACUGCAGGUGGUGCUGCACAGAGGCAAGGCCGAAGCCAUGCUCCCUGAAAUUUUAAAGCAGCACGCUAUUCAUCGGCAGACAAGCGACAACUUGUGA